UUGUGUGGCCCCUUCUUCUGCUUUGUGCCAUCAAAGUUUUCUUACCAAUUUGAUUGGGUCUCUUUCUCUCCUCUCUCUCUCUAUCUAUCUCUCUCACUGAUCAGAAUACAUAUUGAUGAUGAGGAAGAGAGAGAUCAGAGCUAUCACAAAACAAACCAUGAAAGCAAAGCUUAUGUGCAAAAGCUGAGAGAUUGCUCAAAAAGCUUAACCAAAACCUCAUGAAAUAAACACCCCCCCACCCCCCAAACCCCCUCAAAAGAAAAAAAAGGACAAAGAAAAAGAAAAACACAUAGAGAGAGAGGGAGGCUUCCUCUCCUUCUUCCUUCCCCAUCUCUCCCCCUCUCAUCUCUUUCUCUCUCUUGAUGAUCUAACAUUUAUAGAUCAACAGUUUUAACAGCAGAAAAGCAGAGGGAUUGCUUUUGCUUCUUAUUUGCUUUAGGAGAAUAAUCUCAGAGAGGAGGAAAAGGUUUCGGAAUUUAUAUCGGAGAGCGAGCCAGCCGAGCCAUGCUUGAGAAUAAUAGCAGCCAUAUUCCUACUGCUUGCAUAGUCAAUCCUUCCCCUGAGCAGUUCAUUACUUGCUCAGGCAAUGGAACCAAUACCAACACCAACAAGAGGAAGAGAAGGCCUGCUGGCACCCCAGAUCCGGACGCGGAGGUGAUCUCCCUGUCGCCAAAAACCCUACUGGAGUCGGAUCGGUACGUGUGCGAGAUCUGCAACCAGGGUUUCCAGAGGGACCAAAACCUCCAGAUGCACAGGAGGCGGCACAAGGUCCCGUGGAAGCUGCUCAAGAGGGAGUCCCCGGUGGCCAAGAAGCGGGUCUUCGUCUGCCCGGAGCCGAGCUGCCUCCACCACGACCCAUGCCACGCCCUUGGGGACCUCGUCGGGAUAAAGAAGCACUACAGGCGGAAGCACAGCAACCACAAGCAGUGGGUGUGCGAGAAGUGCUCCAAGGGCUACGCGGUCCAGUCUGACUACAAGGCACACCUCAAGACUUGCGGGACUCGAGGGCAUUCCUGCGACUGUGGCCGUGUUUUCUCGAGGGUGGAAAGCUUCAUUGAGCACCAAGACACGUGCAACAUGGGCCGUCUGAGAUCGGAGACACGAGCUCUGCAGCCCGCCUGCCUGUCUCGAACUGCCUCUAGCCCGAGCCCUUCAGGCGAUACAAACUUCAGCACUGCUCCUUGGCCUCCAGCACCACCAGCUUGUAACUUGAACAUGUUCCCAAAGCCAAGAGACUCCAUGUUCUUGUUGAGCCCUACUACUGCGGACAGUUCCCCCAAGAAUAAUAUUAGCAAUAACAGUAACAAUAAUGGGAGGCAGUAUCACAAUUUGGAGCUUCAGCUCUCGACCGCUUCAAAUCCUAUCGACGUUUCAGUGUCUAUCGAGAGAGACGACAACCACUCAACCCAGUUGCAGCUCUCAAUCGGAUCAUCCGAUAUCGGUAGAAGUUCUCCGAGAGAUCAGAGCGAGUUCAAGGACAAACCUACCGUGAGCACAUCGAGGAUUAAAGAACAAGCACGAGAGCAUCUGAGACUAGCAAUGGCAGAGAAGGCAUUUGCAGAGGAUGCAAGGCGACAGGCGAGAAGGCAGAUCGAACUAGCAGAGCAAGAGUUUGCGAAUGCUAAGAGGAUAAGGCAACAAGCGCAGAGCGAACUCGAUAGGGCACUGGUGCUAAAGGAGCAAGCCACUAAGCAAGUCAAUUCGACCAUUCUCCAAAUAACUUGCCAUGCUUGCAAGCACCAAUUCCAAGCUAGGGCAGCGACCGCGCUGCCGGCACCUCCUCUUCCUCCUCCGCCCGAUGAGAACUCUCUUGUUCUGAGUUACAACAACAUGUCAUCGGCUGGAACUGAAGGGGAAAUCGAGAAGAAUAAUGAUCGAGCUAAAAAUGAUAACGUACAGUAUAAUUAGAUCUCUCUAUCGAUCUUUUUUGCUUUUUUGUUCGUGUAAAUGUUAAAAUCUUUGAUUCUUCAUCAAAUUUUAAUUCGUGGAUAAGAUCAUGCCAAGAGAUCGAGCUAGGGGGUUGGUGUGAAGGUGUUGUAGGAAGUUUCAUGGGAGUGGCAGCCUUAGGAUGGAGCCUUUUAAUUUGUCUGGGUGUAAUUCUUAAUUUAGUUUGGAUAAGUAAAGAAUGUCACUAAUAAAUAAGUGAAUUACUUUUUUCGGAUAGUAA